CUAGAUGGCAGACAGAUGGGGCACAAGGGCUUCCAAAUUAACAAGCUACUUUCAAUUAUAAUGCUGUGUACACUCAUGGAAAAUAGUUUUAAACCAAUUGCAACUGCUGGAUUAAGCAGUCCGUCAAUAACAAUGUUCAAGGAUAUGGAAAGCGAGUGCAAUUCAUAUUGCAUUGGAAUCGUUAAGCCAAUUCUACAGCAAACUAAGCAGACUCAAUUCACAGAGUUGCAGGAUCAAAUUCGAAAUUUAAAUGAGAUUAUCAAAGAUACAGAGAAGAAGCUUUCAGAAGCGGAGAUAAAGCUGGGUGUCUGUGAGGAUGCAACUCGGAAUAGGGAAACUCUAGCAAACGAACAACUGAAUCGGAAGACAAUGCAAUUGACAGAGUUGCAGCACAAAGUCAAGGAACAAGACGCUGGCUUUAAGAAAAUGGAAGCAGAGUGCAGUGGCCUCAGAAGUAGCCUUGGCAUAUGUGAAGAAAACAUUAAGAACCGAGAGGUGCAAUAUGCCCAGUUGCUCGAUCUGAAUAUCUCCUGCAACAACAGCAGCAAGAUCAAAGAUGAACUGCUGGCCACGAGUAAAGCACUCGUUGAGAGGCACAAGUCUGCGGCUAGCUCCGAUAUCAUCAAAGUUGAGCUAAAGGAGCAAAAAAUUAAUGAAAUGGAAGCAUCGAUCAAGGAGAAGGAUACUGUUAUAAUGACACACAAUUUGAAAAUCGAAAAUCAGACUUCAACGAUUAUGAAACAGACUGAAGAAAUUGCAGAGCUUAAAGCGCAGCUCAGUGAUUAUGAAUCACCAAGUUGUUAUGGCAAAUCAACCGAUGUUCAUGUCAUUCGAGUACCCGGAUCGGAACCCUUUCCCGUAUUCUGUGACUCGGUUUUAACCGAUUCGGGUUGGACUGUUAUUCAACGACGUCGCGAUGGUUCGAUAACAUUCAAUCGCAAUUGGACUGAUUAUACGAUUGGCUUUGGCGAUUUACGUAGCGAAUUCUUCAUCGGAUUGCAGAAGCUGCAUUUGAUAACCCAAUCGCAACAUCACGAACUCUACAUAUUUCUACAGGGAUUUGAUGAGGAAAAUCGAUAUGCGUACUACGAUCAUUUUCUGAUUGGAAACGAGACAGACGAUUUUAAAAUUGUAUCAUUGGGACUCUACAAGGGUACGGCUGGAGAUGCGCUUUCCUCCCAAAAGGAUAUGAAAUUCUCGACACCUGAUCGCGACAACGAUCGCAGCACGGGAAAUUGUGCAAAGGAAUUUCGAUCUGGUUGGUGGUACAGAAAGUGCUACUAUUGUAAUCUGAAUGGCGAGUACUUCAAUGGCAAAACAACCAAUCAAUAUGGCAUCAAUUGGUUCUCGUGGCACAAAAAUUCUCUACAAUUUGUACAAAUGAUGAUAAGACCCAAGCCUCAUUAAUCAAUUGCCAUUAAAAGAAACAUAUGUGUUUUGUUUUUACUCCUCA